AUGAACGAACCAGUAGGGAUUGCGAGGAAUAACGACCCGGAUGUGGCUGGAGCAUCUGCCCGGCCACCACGGGAACGUACUCGCAAGGUUGCUAGCCAAAUAACACCGAUGGCAGGCAACCGAAAAGCGCCUAGAAUAUGGCAAAAGGAUGAAGAGGAUGUGCUGCGGGCUGAGCUAAGCGAAUAUUCACAAGGUAACACACCAUUCCUAAGGUGGGACGUACUGCAGAGGGCGCUGCCAAAGCGAACCCUGCCUGCAAUCAAAAAGCGAGUUACCGAAGUGAAGAACCGUGACGCCAACCAGAGAAAAGAGGCUCGAGUGAAAGCUAAGGAGAGCGCGAUGAACCGCAGCUAUGACCCGCAGCCAAACGAGAGCGAGGUAAGAGAACGCGAGGACCCAGAGGAGGGUACCAAGCAAUCAGCAGAACUGGAGCGAGGUGAGACUGAAAGUGAAGAUUCUAACGAUGACAUCCACGACAUUCCGAGGAAGCUAACGGACGAGGGCGACGCCUGGCUCCAGACGCUGAGGAGAACGCUGCCGGAUCACAGAUGGACACACACAGUAGUUAACGCGGCCGUGUAUGCGAGACCCUGCGAACUGAACUAUACUGGCGACGUGGUGCCAAGGGAAACAGCCCCCCCAUGGAAGGUGAUUGCGGCGAUCCGAAAGAACCGUAAAGCGGGAAUCAGGACCGUCCGUCACCUUGAAGCGAGCAUUCUCGACGUUAAACUCCGCAAGGAGAACAAGUCGUUCGCGCUGAAAAGGGAUGAAAGCGAUCGACAGAGAAUCCGCUCGAGGGUUGCUGGGACCCGAAAACAGCUUCACACCACAACAGGGAACAUUGACCAUUCCCAAGUCCUCGCCACAUGGGAACAAAUAUUCGGACGUGAGCGCAAGUUCACCAAAACGAACAUCAUCACCCAAUGGCUGAAGGACUUGGACGAAAGUCUCGCUGGGGACGAAGUAACUGAAGAUAGAGAUGAAGUGAGGAGGUUGGGUGAAAGUGUAGUAAAGAAGAUGAAAGGUCGGAAAGCGCCCGGGCCGGACGGAAUUCGAGCGAUCUGGUGGCAAAAGCUACCAACGGCGAGAUUGGCGAUCUUCACGCUAAUCAAUCGCACGCUCGAUGCGCAUAACCCGUCUCUGCCCAGGUGGCUCACUGAAGGCAGGACAUUGCUGCUUCCGAAAUGCGAUGAUCCGAAGCCUGACCAGUACCGACCUAUUUGUCUCUUGAACACGCAAUACAAGGUGAUCACGGGUGUACUAACAGCGAUGAUCGCCCCCAUUGCCGAAAUGAAUCAGAAAUUGCUACCUAUUACGCAAAAAGCAAUCCGGAAAGGUGUCUCCGGCUGCCUCGAAAGCCAUCUAACGGAUCGGAGCGUCCUUCUGGACGCGAAACUCCGAAAGAGGGGCCCCCACUCGGAGCUGUGGGAGGCUUGGCUUGAUUUCGCAAAAGCAUUUGAUUCAAUCAGCCACGCAUAUCUACUUGAACUAGUAGAUAGGUUUCCAAUACGCAGCGGAGCGAAAGCCCUGCUUCGAAACCUAAUCAAGGCAUGGGAGGUGAAAAUCAUCCUGGCAGGACACGAGAUAGGGAAGAUCCGGAUCAGGAGUGGCAUCCUGCAAGGGGACUCACUAUCACCGUUACUGUUUUGCAUUGCGGUUGCCCCCAUCAGCUACCAUCUAAAUAAGAUGACUGGUGGGUAUACCACUGAAACACGGACCGUGGGGCAACAGCAAUCCACCUUCAACCACCUGUACUACAUUGAUGACCUGAAGUUAUUCGCCCACAGCGAAGCAGAACUGGCGCGAGGCCUGCGGAUUGUGCAGGAUACCGGUCAAGCCAUGGGUUUGUGGAUUAACCCUGGGAAAAGCGCGUACAAUGUCAUCUGCGCUAAUCCGGAAGCGGACGGACCCGAUGUUCUAGAGGGUAUCCCGAAGCUGAAAGGCGAGGACGGGUAUCGAUACCUAGGUAUCUAUCAAAGGGGCCAAACCGCAGGACUUGCAACAGUAUCCGAUUUGAAGAAGACUAUUGGCGAACGGACGAGGGAAAUCGUACAUACCCAAGACAUAACUUCGGCGCAAAUCAUUGCGAGGAUCAAUCAAGAGCUGAUCCCGAAGGCGGAGUACGUAUUCUCGAUGAACCAACUGCUAAAUAGCUUCGAACAAGUCGUAGCCCUGACCAAGAAACUGGAGCGCAUCACCAUGGAAUCUCUCACUGAAGGUGAAACCAAGUUGUGGUAUCAGACAGCCGCCAAGAAUAGAAUCUACGUCGACAGAGAAGACGGAGGACUCGGCCUCAGGAGUUUCGCAGAAGCAUUGCAAAGGGGCAUCUUCCGGGCAUUUGUACACCUAGUACUACACCCGAACACCAGCGAACUCCUCGGGAUCCAUUGCAAGGCUGAGCGGCAAAAACGCCGGUCGCUCAUCUCUGAUUUUAACAGAGCCAUGCAGUGGACUCCUGCGAUAACCUUCGAAAUUGACACCAAGAGACUAUUUAUUGGAGGGGUGGAGCACACGACACCGGAAACCGCCCUAACCAGCGGACUGGCAACAAUCCGAUCUCACUUUAAACGAUACUGGCUGGAGAGCUGGCAUCAGGUCGAAGGGCGUGCCCAGAGAACUGAUACCGGGAAAACUCUCUGGCUUGAGAAAGGAUGGGUGGCACCAAACGUGACACGGGUGGUCACAGCGGUGCAAUCGGAACGGAUCAUUGAAGUCUCCUCGCGGCUGGGGAGAAAGUGCCCUUGCGGAGCUCUCGAGACCGCAGAGCACAUCUCGAACCAGUGCGAGAGAUCUUCAUUCACUACCUACAUGCGACGACACGACGCAGUCGCGCGAUCCAUAUACAAGUUCCUUGCCAAAAAGUACGGAGUUGAAACAGUACAUUACUCAAAGUGCCCACCGCCUGAGAGCAGAGGGAAAACUGGCGUCCUGUGGUGGGACGUAAAGAUCCCGGCGCGUGAUAACAUCUAUCAUACGCGCCCUGAUAUCGUUCUGUUCAUCCGCAGCAAAGAUGGUACCGGUGGGCCCACCACCUGGUAUGAUCGAAUUGUUGUGAUCGAAAUCGCUGUAGCUUGGCCCGAUAAUAUGGAAUUGGCUAAAAACAUAAAAACGUGGAGGUACACUGUGAACGGCGAGAAGGCUGAUAACGAGAGCACAGCCCCACUUAAAGGUGGUCCGAACAUUUGUUUGGAACUCGCUGAACGAUACCACGCAAAAGUCGAUUUCAUACCGCUGGUGAUCGGAGCGUGUGGAGAAGUCCCUGAAUACACCAGAGAAGCGAUUCGUCGCCAACUGGGAAUUGGAGGGAAAGUGGAGGAAAAGUUGGCGGAACAGUUAAGCCGCGCGGCGGCUUGCGGCACGUACUAUUGCUUCCUAAGCCAUUUUGCGAGCACUAGAGGACCUCCCAUCCAAGGA